CAGGCAGGCGAGGGUUCUCCUCCACUCUGAGCUCGCGUUUCCCAAGCCUCCGGGCAGUGCUCUGCGCUGGCCUGCUGCCCUGGUGGUGGGCCACCAGAGGUGGGCAUCCCAGGAAGAGCCCUCCACGAAGGGGAGGCCUCGGAGAGUCAAGCCAGCAGCUGCAGGUGGGCUGCACAGGCCGCUGAGCUGUGGGCUGAGCCGAGAGGAAUCUGGACUCGCCAGGCCUGGAGAUGGCUGGAAACUGCUCCUGGGAGCCCCAUCCCACCAACAGAAACAAGAUGUGUCCCGGCGUGAGCGAGGCCCCGGAGCUCUACAGCCGCGGCUUCCUGACCAUUGAGCAGAUCACCAUGCUGCCGCCGCCGGCCGUCAUGAACUACAUCUUCCUGCUUCUCUGUCUGUGCGGCCUGGUGGGCAACGGGCUGGUCCUCUGGUUUUUCGGCUUCUCCAUCAAGAGGAGCCCCUUCUCCAUCUACUUCCUGCACCUGGCCAGCGCGGACGUCGGCUACCUCUUCAGCAAGGCCGUGUUCUCCAUCCUGAACACCGGAGGCUUCCUGGGCGCGUUUGCCGACUAUGUCCGCACCGUGUCCCGGAUCCUGGGGCUCUGCAUGUUCGUCACCGGUGUGAGCCUCCUGCCUGCCAUCAGCUCGGAACGCUGCCUGUCAGUCAUCCUUCCCUCCUGGUACUGGCGCCAGCGGCCCAAGCGCCUGUCAGCCGUGGUGUGCUCCCUGCUCUGGACCCUGUCGCUCCUGGUCACCAGCGUCCACAACUACUUCUGCGUGUUCCUGGGCCGCCAGGCAUCCGGGGCGGGCUGCAGGCACAUGGACACCUUCCUGGGCAUCCUUCUCUUCCUCGUCUUCUGCCCGCUCAUGGUGCUGCCUUGCCUGGCGCUCAUCCUGCACGUGGAAUGCCGGGCCCGGCGGCGCCAGCGCUCGGCCAAGCUCAACCACGUUGUCCUGGCCAUGGUCUCGGUUUUCCUCGUGUCCUCCAUCUACUUAGGCAUCGACUGGUUCCUCUUCUGGGUCUUCCAGAUCCCGGCCCCCUUCCCCGAGUAUGUCACCGACCUGUGUAUUUGCAUCAACAGCAGCGCCAAGCCUGUCAUCUACUUUCUGGCCGGCAGGGACAAGUCGCAGCGGCUGUGGGAGCCCCUCAGGGUGGUCUUCCAGCGGGCCCUGCGGGACGGGGCUGAGCUGGGGGAGGCGGGGGGCAGCACGCCCAACACGGUCACCAUGGAGAUGCAGUGCCCCUCGGGGAACGCCUCCUGAGAGGCUGGCACCUGGAGGGGAGGCGGGGCCCAGCCGGAGUAGCCCGUGGCCUCCAGAGACCCUUCGCGGAGGGACAGGAGCUGGACAGCCACCCUGGUGCCCAAGUGCAAGGAGAAAAGUCUGCUCCCCGCCCGCGUGCCACCUUCUCCUGGGGCUGAGGCUCCGGGGUGGCCCAGAGAUGGAACGGCCACCUGCUAACAGACCCCGGGGCCCCGCCAGGCUCCCCCCCAAGCCGUCCUCCUUCCAUGACCCACUGUAUAGAGGUUGCCCCCAGGCAGUGGGCCAGAUGUGGGGCUCCUCCUCGCUCCAGGCUGGCUAGGAAAGGAGAGGAAGGGGUCACCCAGCCCAUCUGCCUCCUGCCUCAUUAGCCAGCCCUCCUUGAGCACAGCAGCACCAUCGCCCGUCGGGCCAGCAGCUUCGUCCUGCCUUGGGAUACCUGCGCUGUCCGUGCUGCCCUCUCAAAGCAACGUUGUGAGCAGACUUCCAGGAAAGGGUGCUCCCUGGGAGGUGCUUCUCCUUAACCCGGCUUGGAGCCCAGUCUUUCUGCAAUGAUGUCCCCAUCCCCUGGUGAACACUUUGGUGGCCGAAAUGGGGGCAUUUCUGUCAUGGCAAGCGGCUGGACCAGGAAGGACCCUCGGCCGGCUUGGGUGGCUCACUCUUUUUUCUGACUCUGUGCCAGGCAGUGUGUCCGAGCUGCCGUCCGCCUGGUCCGAGGGGUUCCAGCGGGCUGUCCAGGCAGUCUCUGGGCUCCAGCCCCCACCCAAAAGCGGGCACUGGCUCUACCUAGCCACGCCAGCCCACCUACAAGCACGGUGGCCCAGUUUUAUGAAAGACAAUAAAUGUAUAUCAAUAAACAUUUUCUA